CCCUGCAUUCUCGUCCGGCGCUUCGGCCCGGACAUUCCCGACAUUUUUUAUAAUGACUUCAAGGUUAGACAGACUAUUAAUUCUGCUGGACACCGGGUCGUCGACCUCGGUGCGCACGACGGCAGCAAAGCAGCUCGCGCAGCUUGCAGCCAAGAGCGUCAGAAGUGACGUCGGCGGGGACGAUGUAAAUAUUAUCUGUUUGCACGGCUCCCUAGAUGAUCCCUCUGCUUGGGCUGAACUUAUGUCCGUCGUUGCUCGAGUCCUUCCUUAUCUACACUCACGAUCUUACGAAACACGAUCAGCUGCUUCAGUAGCACUAUCUCAAAUAUGCUCCCUCGUUCCUCUCUGGCAACCUCCAGGAUUAGAUGAGGACUCGAAAGAUGCCGCCUCGUUACCGCCUCCCGAGUUUUCAAAUUUUUCCGUACGACAGCUCAUGGAGAGCAAGACUCGCCUUCUCGCGUCGUCUGGGAAAGAGUUCUCCAAACCUGCCGGCAUUUUUCAAAACAUCGCCGAAGUACGGAAAGCCCGUAAAGAGGCUAUGGGACGAUUAGGCUUAGGCUUCCUAGACGUUGCUGACGACGAUGAAAUGGACCUUGACAAGGAGCUCGCUGCGGCGGACGAACUUAAUGUUGAUGCGGAGAUGAAAGUCAGCACUCCAAAGGAUGAGCCAAGUAGUCAGCAAGGACUUGGUUCACCUACAGAGCAGCAAAAGAAGGACGCACCUCCCCUGGAGCGUUUGAAGUCGAGUACGCCCGUCGCGUCCGAAGACGAACUGGCUGGAAUGUCGGCUCGAGAACGUAACAGAUUAAAGCGAAAACGAAAACCGGGAAAUGCUGCUUUUGUAUCCGCCCCUCCACCACCGCCAAACGGUUCCAAGUACAGCGCAACCCCUGCAGGCGGGUCGUCUGCAAAAGCUCGUCUUGUUUCCUCUGACGGAACAGCACAGAAGUCUCGUGUUGAGGACUCCAAAUCAGGUGUUGCUCAGGACAAGGUCGUGGUUGAUCCUACAAAAGGAGGUGCCGUUGAGGCGAAAGCUGCACAACAGUCAAAAGCCCUCGAAGUUCAGCCAGGUGUAUGGGUCUGGGAUGGUGUAGUCAAAGUGCUUGAAGUUGAUCUCUUCAGUCCCGCAUGGGAGGUACGCCAUGGUGCAGCCUUAGCUCUGCGAGAAGUUAUUAAAGCCCAGGGCAAGUGCGGAGGCAUGAGAGCCGACGCAUCAGCCGCUGAAAACGCAAUCAAUCACGAACAAUGGUGCAAUGCGCUUGCUGCGAAGUUCCUCUGCGUCUUCGUGCUCGAUCGAUUCGGAGAUUUCGUUUCUGAUCAGGUCGUCGCACCUGUUCGAGAGACAGUCUCGCAAACGCUUGCCUCCCUGCUCAUCCACAUGCCGCGUCGCUCGGUCUUGCACGUUCACGACAUCCUCCUUCAAAUGAUUAAGCAAGACUUUGCCCUAGAGCAUCCCUUACCAGACGCUAAAGUCGCCAAGGGUGUCAAUGAUCAGCAAAAUGGUCAUGGCACUCAGUAUGUGUGGGAAGUCAGACAUGUCGGCUUACUCGGGAUCAAGUAUGAGGUUGCGGUACGCUCUGAUCUUGUGGACGAACAUGUGGUGAAGGAGGAAGGUGUUGAAGGACUUACGAGUGGAAAAGAUGUCCUUCGUGGUAUUGUGGAUGCCGCCGUACUGGGGUUAGGAGACUCUGACGAUGACGUUCGAGCCGUCGCCGCGUCGUGCUUGCUCCCUAUUACGUCCCAGCUCGUUGGCCAGUUACCAGAAGAGCUUCCGAGAGUAUUAGCCGUUUUGUGGUCUUGUCUUGGUGACAUGAAAGACGACCUUAGCUCGAGUGUUGGAGUUGUAAUGGACCUCCUCGGAAAGCUGGUCGGUUUCGACAAGGUCAUCGAAAUUUUGGCCGCUCCGGACAGCUUCAAACCUUUGACAGAUCUAGCUCCUACACUGUUUCCCUUCUUCCGACAUACGAUCGCAUCUGUUCGCCUCGCCGUUGUCAAUACCUUGCAUUCGUUCUUGAAAGUUCCUACUUUGCCUAAUGAAUGGAUCAAUACUGCAUUCCUUCGACUGUUGGUACAGAACUUGGUUGUCGAAGAGCGAGCCGACGUCCGACAGGCAACACUGGACGUUUGGUGGACUGUUCUUGAAGUGGUUCGUACUGUGGAUGGAUGGAUGAUGGCUCUGGUAACUCCACAGACACUUUUGGAGUGGUACGCACUUGCCAUGACGCCUCUUGGUGUGCCGAUCGACCCCGCAACUCUGUAUCAUCCAUCUGUGGGCAUGCAAAACGGCAAUGGACCUGCACCGGAACGACAUAACGUCGACAAGAACAUGCUUGCACAGGAUCUGACGCUCGUUCCCGUUGAGGUUAUCCUGCGUGGACGCGUCGCAGCUGCAAAAGCUUUUGCAUGGCUCUGCGUAACGUGGCCGGAAUCAGGCCAGAGGCAUGAUGAGAUGUUCCGUCCAAUGCUCGGACAUUACAUUCAAUCACCGAGCAUGUUGCAGAAGUUCUUAGCGGCAGUCAUUGUCGAAGAGUGGUCGCAUAAAUACGACGAAAUGCCCUUGCCACCGGGUGUUGAGAAACACGAAUUAUUGGUGAAAGAGUCGACGUUGGUGAUGGAGGUCUCAGAUGAAAUACUGCGGUGGUUACAGGCAGAUCCUCCUGUGGCGUAUCAUGAGAUGGCAAUUUCUCUUGGUAGAAUUUUCAACGAGUGCAAUGCGCUUCUGCAAUCCUUUAUGCAAGAUUGCAAGGUCUCACCGAAGGCAAUUCCGUUCUUGGGUGCGACGAUCGAUAUUCAUGGUACGGAAGAAGGCGCAUUCUCGAUUGCCACUGCCCAGCAAGUCAUCGGACCGAUCUUCACCUCGCUCAAAGAAGGCCUUGGACGAACGAAGAAGAAGGAAUUGAUUUCUUUGCACGAAAAACGAGUUCGCUUGGAGGCGUCAAUCCAACAUUAUAAUCAGGUUAAGACUCAGCACGACGUUCGGGUGUCUGCGGCCUUUGCUGGUGCAUAUGUCUCGCUCAAGAUUCUGCCUGAGAAAGUUUCGCCAAUUGUGAAAGGAAUCAUGAACGGCAUCAAGAACGAAGAGAAUAUUGACUUGCAAGCGAGGUCUGCUUCAGCCGUUGCCACAUUUGUGUCGACGUGUACGGCUAUGAAGAUUGCCCAGCCUCCCGAGAAGAUCGUGAAGAACUUGUGUACCUUCCUCUGUCAGGAUGUGGGACAGACGCCUGCAUUCGCACUGACUAAACAACUGGAGAAAUGCAUUUGGUCAGCAAAGGCCAUUUUAGCAAGCGAGUCGCAGACAGCAAAUGGGAAAGGUGCGAAGAUCGCGCAAGUGGAUUUCCCGUCCGAGGCGGACAAAGCGAGGAUUUCACGAAGAGGUGCAGAACUUGCCUUCGGGGCGCUGUCAUCAAAGUUUGGCGAGCAGUUGUUCGCCCAGGUCCCCAAGAUGUGGGAGUUUAUGGCUGGCGGUUUGUUGGCUACGUUCCAAACAGAUUUUACCGUUCGUGAUGCCGAUAAACUCAUGGACAAGCAAACGGGUCAGGACGUGAUCGACUCGCUGAGUGUCUUGAAAGUUACCGCUACUACCCUGCAUGAAGGGCUUCACGAUCAUUUAGUCGAGCUGCUACCGAAGCUGAGCCUCGCCCUACGGAGUCGAUAUGCUAUCAUUCGUCAAUGUACCGCGAAGUGCUUUGCAACGAUUUGCAGUGUAAUUACGGUACAGGCGAUGAAAUAUGUUAUUGAAGAGAUCACCCCUUUCCUGGGAGAUGCCAAAAUCACAACUAACCGACAGGGCGUUGUUGAGUUGAUCUAUCAUGUAGUACAGGAACUUGACAUCAAGGCUCUACCUUAUGUUAUUUUCUUGAUUGUACCCAUACUUGGACGAAUGAGCGACACGGAUAAUGAUAUCCGAACGACUGCUACGAAUACUUUUGCAGCCUUAGUGAAGAUGGUCCCUCUUGAGGCUGGACUUCCAGACCCUCCAGAGUUUUCUGAGGAGCUGCUUCGCCGUCGUCAGGAGGAAAGGAUGUUCUUAACGCAACUUUUAGACGGGAGCAAGGUCGAGCAGUACAAUUUGCCAGUGAAAAUAAAUGCCGAGCUACGAAAAUAUCAGCAGGACGGAGUCAACUGGCUUGCUUUCCUCGCCAAAUACCAAUUACAUGGCAUCCUUUGUGAUGACAUGGGUCUUGGAAAGACACUUCAAUCAAUUUGCAUUUUAGCUAGCAAGCACUUCGAGCGUGCAGAGCGAUACAAUGCGACUCAGUCCCCUGACUCGGUUCAUUUGCCUUCCCUUAUCGUUUGUCCUCCGACUCUUACUGGCCAUUGGUACUAUGAAAUCCUCAAGUACACGGAGACCUUGAAACCCCUCAUGUAUGUGGGAUCAGCGCGAGACCGUCAGCGGCUCCUAUCGAAGUUCCCCGCCUACGAUAUCAUUAUUACGUCUUACGAGGUAGUCAGGAACGAUAUUGCGAACCUACAGAACCUGAACUGGCAUUAUUGCAUUUUGGACGAAGGUCAUGUUAUCAAGAACUCAAAGACAAAGCUGACAAAGGCGGUCAAGCAGAUUCGUUCUAACCACCGUCUUAUCCUCUCUGGGACACCUAUUCAGAACAAUGUUCUCGAAUUGUGGAGUUUGUUCGACUUCUUAAUGCCAGGGUUCCUUGGCAGCGAAUAUUCAUUCAACGAGCGAUUCAGCAAACCAAUAUUAUCGAAUAGGGACGGCAAGUCCAAGAAUGAUGAAGCGGCGGCCCUUGCACUCGAGGCGCUCCAUAAGCAGGUCUUGCCGUUCCUCCUUCGGCGUCUCAAAGAGGAUGUCUUGAAUGAUCUACCACCGAAGAUCAUUCAGGAUUAUUAUUGCGAGCUCUCAGACAUGCAGAGGCUUCUUUAUGACGAAUUUGCGAAAUCUCAUGCCGCCGACUCGGCUACAGAUCUUGUCCAGACUAGUAACGGCGAUGUCAAUAAAGGUCCUGGACAAAAGCAUGUUUUCCAGUCACUUCAGUACCUGCGAAAGCUUGUCAAUCAUCCGGCGCUGAUUCUAAAAGACGACCAAGAAUCUAUUAAAGCGGCUUUGGAGAGGGUACAAGCUAAGGACACCGUUGAGGGCCUGCGAGAUAUAACACAUGCACCGAAGUUAUUAGCACUCAAACAAAUCCUUCUUGACUGUGGCAUCGGUACAGGAGCAGCUGCGAGUGUCGAUACGACGGGUAAAAGUGAACUCCUCGAGACGGAAGACACUUCCGCAGGAGUCUUCUCGCAGCACCGCGUACUCAUCUUCUGCCAAUUGAAGCAGAUGAUCGAUAUUAUCGAAUCGGAUCUCUUCAAGAGGCACAUGCCGAGCGUAACGUACAUGCGCCUUGACGGCGGGACAGAUCCAAAUAAACGACAUGCAAUUGUGCAGACCUUCAAUGCAGAUCCUAGUAUUGAUUGUCUUCUAUUAACAACGCAUGUGGGUGGUUUGGGUCUGACUUUAACUGGCGCGGACACGGUCAUAUUCGUGGAGCACGAUUGGAAUCCGAUGAAGGAUCUCCAAGCGAUGGAUCGUGCACACCGAAUUGGCCAAAAGAAAGUAGUGAAUGUAUACCGCUUGAUUACGAAAGGUACUUUAGAAGAGAAGAUUAUGGGCUUGCAACGUUUCAAGCUCAACAUAGCAAAUUCAAUAGUAACACAGCAAAAUGCGGGGCUAGAGUCCAUGGACACCGAUCUAGUACUUGAUCUCUUCAAGCGGACGACGCAGGAGGAAGAUGCUGCUGCGGCCAAAAAGCGGAAGGAGAGAGAACGAAGCGGGCAAUUCGGUCAAAAGAAUAUCCUCGAGGGUCUCGAGGACCUCCCCGCGGAGGAGGAAUACGAGAGCCUUACUCUGUCAAGCUUCAUGGGUUCACUUGGACAACAAUGAGCUUUAGAGAUAACCCCUCCUUUUCUGUCUGGCACUGCCACCAUUUAAUAUCCUUAUUCACAUUUUAUCCUCCCACUUCACAUUUGAUUAUUCAUCUUCACAACGGCUUGAAUGCAAUUUUUUACUCGCUUUCGCACGCAUGCUAUGAGACUUGUAUAAUUCUGUGGGAUAUAUUGUAGCAUCAAUGAUAAGUAAUAUUUUCUGCGUUACUCGUCCCUCUAUAUAGUACAAGUGAGUAAGGAAGGGAAAGAUCGUCAUCUGAAAAUGUCGAUUGAAAGCAUCGAACCCAAUUAGAAAAGCAUGUAUGGCCCUCCAGGUCGUUGAGGUGGCUUGGAUCGUAAGAUACGGCGACGUAAACGAGGAAGAGAAAACACGAGUAAUAGUCCACCUACGCCGACAAGAAUACCCGCGAUAGUUCCCACGAUGGCCCCAAUGCUCAUUGAUUUGGAUCCGCCUGAGGGCGACUGAGGAUCAGUCGUGUCAUCGGAUGCACCGGAAUCAGACGACGAAGGUCCAUUGGCUGACGUAGUUGAAUUUUGACUGAGGCACGAGGUGUCCGAACCCUGACUAACGAAGAACUGGGAAGAUUGAGCAGAGACGACACCCGAGUGAGCGGUAUCUGACGCAAGGAGUGUGUACGUGCCCUCGGGGACGUUAACCUGUGACCACGAAAUAACACAUGUACGUGCGUCGAUAGUCGUUGAGAGCGUCCUCUCGACGAGUGGUGGCGCGGACUGAUUUGGCGCGGGAAUUUGAGAUGAAACGGCACGCUCAUUGGUGACUACUAUAGUCAACGGGACAGAUGUGUUCGAGUUGAACUCCCACGUAAAUAACGCUGGAGAACAUGUUGUCACGUUUCCGGGAGGCGUGAAUUGGAGGGCCCCGGAGGGGACGGCCGAGGCAGAUGAUGAGGA